AUGGGUAAGGUAAAUACUUCAUCCAAUUUACCACCGAUGCCGCCUAAGUUGACACCAAUUCCGCUACCCAGGAUACCGCAAAAGCUGAAUUCCGAAAAUCGCAUUAAAAACCCCGGAUCGGUAGAUGAACUACACAAGAAAUGUAAAGAACUGUUUCCUAUGACCUUUGAGGGCAUCCGACUUGUCAUUAACAAAGGACUGAGCAAUCAUUUUUUCGAUAGCCACAGUCUACUCAUAGGAGCAUCCAGUAAAAUAUCAGUCAAAUUUGGAUCUAUAUUUGGAGGUACUAAUCAGGUUGGGUCUGGAAAUGUCGGUCCUCUUUCGGUAGAUAACUUUGAUCACCGUAGAAAUAUUUUUACAAAUGUUAAUGUACAACUCUCAGAUAAUGUAAAAAUCAAACUUAACACUCAGUUUCAAGAUUUCAAAACAACUGGAGUUCAAACAACUGCUGAAUAUAAAACAAACAGGUAUACAGCUACCCUGCGAUCAGUUAAUCCUGAUUUAUUCAAUUAUACGGGCAUUUAUAUAUCUCAGUAUUUAUAUGCCUUAAAUAACAAAACGUCGGUAGGUGCUGAAGUCAUUCACCAACGUAAUCCACAAAUUCCAGAUGGGCAUAUAACAGUAUUUAAUGUCUUAGGAAGAUAUAUAUGUAAAUAA